CUCCGGCCGUCAGUGUCAAGCGAGAGCGUGUCUGGAGGAGGCGGUGGUUCAAAGACCAGAGAUUUUAUUUUUUAAAAAAAGAAAAAUUAUUCUUUAAGCGUUUAAAAAAACAUAUAUAUAUAUAUAUAUAUAAAAAAGAGACUUGCCGAGAAGGAAAUUCCAGAAUGUUCGAAGAAGCGAGUGAAGUGUUUGACAACAUGUUCAAGGGCUCUUUUCCAUUGACUUUCAUAGUCUUCAUCCCGGCAGUGUUGAUCCUGGUCUCCCCUCUGCCCAUAGAGGCGGCCCAUGAGUUCACAGUGUACAGGAUGCAACAGUAUGACUUGCAGGGUCAGGCCUAUGGUACAAGAAAUGCCAUGCUGAACACAGAGGCUCGAACAAUCGAAGCAGAUGUGCUGAGCCGCCGGUGUGUGAUAAUGAGAUUAGCAGAGUUUACCUUUGAAAAGUUCCAGGAGGCCAUACGACAGAGCGCAGGGGCAGUGGUGAUCAUUCUGCCCCAGAAUAUGUCGACAAUGCCUCAGGAUGUCAUCCAGCAGUUUAUGGAGAUCGAGCCAGAGCUGUUGGCAACUGAGACAAUUGUACCGGUAUACUUUGCCUUGGAGGAUGAUGAGCUCUUGUCAAUACACGAACAAACAAAUUCAGCUUCUGUCUCGCAGGGCACUGCCUCAGCUGCAGAAGUCCUCUUGCACACAGCCACAGCCAAUGGCUUCCAAAUGGUUACAAGUGGGGCCCAAAGCAAACCCAUUAAUGAUUGGUCAAUAACCAGCCUUGAGGGCAGAUUGACUGGUCUGGGUGGAGAAGAUCUUCCCACCAUUGUAAUUGUAGCACACUACGACUCCUUUGGAGUGGCUCCUUGGCUGGCUUAUGGUGCCGAUUCAAAUGGCAGUGGUGUAGCAGCUUUACUAGAACUGGCACGACUGUUUUCCAAACUCUAUACUUACAAGAGGACACAUGCUGGAUAUAAUAUCCUGUUCUUUGUGUCCGGAGGAGGAAAAUUCAAUUACCAGGGCACAAAACGCUGGCUGGAGGAUCACCUGGAUCACACAGAUUCCAGCCUUCUUCAGGAUAACGUUGCUUUCGUUUUGUGCCUCGAUACCUUGGGCAGUGGUGAUGGCCUUUAUCUUCAUGUUUCAAAGCCACCUAAGGAUGCGACCCCACAGUACACCUUCCUGAAGGAGCUAGAAACGGUGACCUCCAGGUUUCCAGAAGUUAAAUUCUCCAUGAUCCAUAAAAAAAUCAACUUGGCGGAGGACAUGUUGGCCUGGGAGCACGAGCGGUUUGGAAUUCGCCGAUUACCAGCGUUCACGGUAUCCCGCCUAGAAAGCCAUAAAAACAGCCUUCGGACCAGUGUUAUGGACAUGAGGUCCCAGAUUAAUAUUCAGAAGUUAAGCCGCAAUACCAUAAUAAUUGCUGAGGCACUGGCACGGGUAAUUUACAACCUAACAGAGAAGGGUGCACCAGAGGACCUUCAAAUCUUCACAGAGCAAAUGCAACUACAAGAGGACCAGCUAUCAUCAGUACUUGACUGGUUAACAGCCCAGCCGAGGGCAGCACAGCUCAUUGAUAAGGACAGCAUCCUGAUCUCCACAAUGGAGUAUUACAUGAGUCGAUAUUUGAAAGAUGUUAAACGCCACCAUGUGAAGGCAGAUAAAAGAGAUCCAGAAUUUCUCUUCUAUGAUCAGCUGAAACAAACCAUGAAUGCAUACAGAGUGAAACCUGCCAUCUUUGAUCUACUGUUGGCAUUGUGUAUAGCAGCAUAUCUAGGAGUUACCUAUUUUGUUGCCCAGAAUUUUGGUUUCAUUUACAACACAGUACGGAGGAUUACUCUGAAGCCGAAGCAGCACUAACGCCAGAGUCCCCUGCUCUUGGUACUUUCACAUGGUAGAAGGGUUCUUCCAGUACAACCGCCUUAUAUCGGCGUGGCUGGAUCCAAACUACAGCACUGAGCCAAAUCUCUGAUUAUGCAGCAUCAGCAACUUCCUAAGGGUUGGAAGAUGGUCCAUAAAUAACGGCACUAUGCUAUUUCACUUCUGCAACAACAAAAACUAUUCUAUUUUAACCCAAAUACAAUCCACAUUAAGCACUACUCAAAAUCUGGCCACCUGUUCUCCAUUUUACUGUUCAACUAUUGAGAAUCCUCUACAUAAUGAAGUCAGUCCAGGUUUGAAUGCAUGGAUAUAUGUUUGUUGGUUGUAAUUUGUUUAACUCUGUCUGUUAGCUGUAAAGGUCCUGGUAAAAUGAGUUUGUGGUGAACACAGGACAGAUCAUAAUUCAGCACUAAUUGUUAAUUACUUUCAAAGUAGCCACAUAGAUGGGAAAUAUCUUUAGGUGUGGUAAUCAAAGCCUUUUGCCUUCGUGGGCCAUAUGGAUGGAAUUACAUAUAAUGGUCAAUUCCACAUACCCUUUAAUUUCACCAUAUUUUAAGUUGCUGACAUUGAAACAGAUCUCAAUGUUUUGAUUUUAGGAUGAGAACAGCCUUGACAAAAUGUUUAGAGCCUGAAAGUUGAAACACAAAUCAGUGAAGAAGAACCAACUCAAUUGCUUAGGUUUUGAAGAGCUGGAUUGCCAGUUCUUAGUGGCUGUACGUGACACUUGGCCUGGAGUUUGGACCUUCCCUAUAGCACUGGUGGUGGGUGAUGGUGCCAGUUACUCUCCUGAAAUUGGGACUGAUGCUGUGUGCAGUCAUGGUAUACCUAAUCAGGAUGUGCCUGGUCUGACGUUGGCUAGCCAAAAUGGAAAGUACUUCCUGACAUUUAGGUCCCUCACCUUUUUAUAAAUCACGGUUUUUUGUCCUUGCUGUGUUGUGAAAUAACCUUUUUUUAAUUUAUUUUGACUUCUAAUUGAAGACUGAAAAUUAGUUAAUCUAAAUAAUAACUUCUUUUAAAAACCCCUAUAUCUACAAAUUGCACCUUGUUGCAAUGGUUUGCUAUUUGUUUUCAUUCUUUCAGUGCACGUAAAUCAUCCAUGCGGAAAAAUUUGCACAAGUUUAAUUGAGUGUCAGUGGGAAUUCAAUCGAAUGGCUGAAUCCAUUCCCAAUUUUAUCUGAUGUCAGUUUCAGGAGUGGAAACCCUAGCUGGUUUCCAUAACGCCUCCCAACACCCCACUCAAAACUCAUGGACGCCAAGAGCAACUGUUACCAGAAAACAAAAGCAAAAAAUUGCAGAUGCUAGAAAUCCAAAAUGAAAAAAACAGAAACACUCAGCAGAUCAGGCAGUGUCUGUGGAGAGAGAAACCGAGUUAAUGUUACACACCAGCUACACCUGCAAUUGGUUCGCUCUGCAUUACCCAGAUAUUGGACCUGGGACCUCUGGUCUAUGUGUCUUUAUUUGCCAAACCAUCAUGAGAGCUUGUUCAGUUAAGUAACUGGGACUGAGGGGGCCCACCUCCCUAGCAGUCCUCUGACUAGUUGAGGCACCAAAUCUAACUUUGAACCAAAAAAAAUCAAAACCUCAAACAUAUCUUCCUGCCUUUCAACCCAAAAGAAACGGCAGCUGCUUCCCAGCAUUGCGAUGUACAAUUUCAUUCCUAUUCACAUAUUGCAGUGAAUGCAGAACCUUAAGUAUUUUCUUUUGAAACUUGAUGGGACAUUUCUUUUCCAUUUUAAUUGCUGCCUCUUGUCUGGAACUUUUAUUUAUGUCUGUGUUGGUUAUUUGUUGAAAAUCAGUGACUUUUUUUUUCCUGAUGUGUAAUGAAAUGGAUUAUGGGAUAACAAGUGGAGCUGUAUCGAACACUGACAUUCAUCAUGACUGUUCUGUACAGGAGGAAGGAAAAUAAAUAAAAUGGGGGAGAAAACUGA